UUUUAUUUUAUAUUUUAUAUUUUUUUAUAUUUCCCUUCCUUUAUCGCCUGCCCAUUUUUCCCGUCCUCUUUGUCCUCAAAAAGCAGGCAAACACCACAAAAAAGGAAGCCCUUUUUGUAUAUCCUAUUCUCUCCCUGUAUUUAAAUCCUUUAUUCUUGUUUACACAAAAAUACAAUGACACCACAACCACGGCCACUAUCACCGCAAUUGCCCAGCCUCGGCUUGUGUCGCAGCACUCGCUGCAUUUAUUUUCGCAAUCUCCAACAGCAAAUUACCCAACAACAAGGAGAGCAGCAGCAGCACCAUCAUCUGCAACAGACCCUGCGGUUCAGCAGCGCCAGCACCAGCUCCAGCUCUAGCACCAGCUCCAGCAGCAGUAACUCCCAGUCACCAACCACACGCAGCAGAGGCCAUCAGGAGCAGCAGCAGCCGCGGCGGCGGAAUUCGGAGACAGCAGAGUCAUGGCCGAUGGCUGUUGAGGCGCUCGCACAGCGGCUGUGGGAUUGCGGCCGCGAUGCAUUCAGCCCCACUCCCUCCCCAUCGUCCCCCGAACUGUCCUCAAAGCUGGUCUUUGACGACGAAUACGUCGACUACGACGCUGCUACUGCAUCUGUGCUCAGCCCCCCGCCAACUGCUGUUGCUGUGUUCCCCGGCUGUGAGGACGGCGCGGGGGACGCGCUGUGCGAUGGGCCUUAUGUGCGAGAAGGACCGUUGGGUGUGGCUGCGACCGCGACUGCGACCUUGGCGGAUAUUGCCGGAGUUGGAAAUUCCGGUGAUCAUUCCGGCGAUAUUCAAAGCAGGAGGCAUCAAAAGCAGCAAAAACAACAGCUAAAGCGUCAGGUGCCCUUAUCCACAUGCCCUCUUCUUCACUACCAGCCAAUGUCCAAUCCGUUCAAAAACAUGAUCAAGCCAAGCGCCUGCUUUCCUUCAUCCCCCUUAUCACCGCCUGUCAUGUCGACGCUGGUCAAAUCCGGCCACCUCCUGCGUCCCCAGCACAAAGUCAGUCCAUCCGGGCCCUCAACUGUUUCAAUCCAUGCGUCAUUGGUCUCUUGUGUCCACUGCAAAACGGGAAAUUUUCUUGAAUUCUGUUUUGUCGCUGACCGCUGUCAUUGCGGAUGCCACAAUGACUGUCCUUGUAAACCGUGUGUAGAUAUUCGGGAGCAAAGGCACCCAAACAGGCGAAUGAUGGGCGUUACUUCUGCUGCUGCUGCUACUGCAGCGGAUAUUCAAAAAGCCACUGCCCCCCCUUUGCUUGUGUCGACUGAGCGGAAGCGCAGCCAGGGAAAAUUCCAGUCUCCACAUAUUGCUCCUCAGAACAAGACACAUAAAGCUUGGGAGGACGAGUCGGGUUAUAGGCAACAGCAGCACCAGCACCAGCACCAGCACCGGAAACACCAACAACAGCAGCCACGGAUUCAACGCCAGCAGCAGCAUGGUCUGUGCUCAAUGGCAUCUUGAUUGUAUUUUCUAUAGUAUUUUUCUUUAAUUUGUAAUUCUUCAGUAUUCUUUCUUUUUCUAAAAAAGAAAUAUUUCAUCCGCGCAUCGCGAUGAAUUUGGUUUGUAAAAUGGGUGAGCUCUUAUUUUAUUUUUUCAUUUUAUGCACGCA